AUGCGCCCGUCAGCCAAGUAUCGCAAAGUAUGGCGAGAGUUGAAUCCCGCAGGAGUUAACGGUGGAUCAUGCAGGGGGAGCUGUGGACACGUGCAGGACGAGUGCUCCUGUCUCUCAGCCUGUGUGUCUCUGCUGAGCUGCUGUGCAGACUUCAACCAGUGGUGUCUCCAGGUGACGCCUCACUCCAGCUCCAUGCUGGGUGGACGAGCUCUCAGGAUCCUGGGCUUCGUCCGUCCUCCUGAUGGCCGUCUUCUCUGCAGGUUCAAAAAGGACAUCGUACGAGAAGGGUUUAUUGACGCUGAAGGCCACGCCCACUGUAUCUCUCCUUUACUGUAUGAGACAGGUUGGAUUCCAUUCGAUGUCUCAACAGAUGGAAUCAACUUUGACAGAUCUGGAGAGUACCUAUCAGUCCACCCCAGUAAAGCAGACCCUGCUUCUGAAGUCACCCUGGUGAAUGCAACCCAGUGGGAGAACUAUGGCACACCACACGUGGCAGGGAGGCUUAAUAUGACGUGGAACAGCUCUUUGAUUGGAGCAGAUAAGGUCGACAUAGAGGUGUGGGGCUACAGAGAGUUCAGCCGCAGCCCAGAGGCAGCGAUGAAUGGAUCCUCAUCCCUCCAGGCCGAGCUCAGCUUCCUGUUCUCCAUCGGCAAGAAGCUGGUCAACAGUGGGACCUUCAGCUUCAUCCCUGAGGCCUCGAGGGACCAAUCGGAGUGCCAGCUCGGAAAUAUCCGCAUAACUGCUAGUUCUAAGUUAGAUGGAGCAAGGGAUGAACCAGGACUGUGGAGUAGAGCUCACGUCUUGGCCUGGAACUCCGAGCAAACCUUCAGAGACGACUCUGCUGCCUGGGCCGAGGACAAGUGUCUGCAAUGGGACGUCCUCGAAAAGGAACAGCCGAGCUUCCUCAGUGAGCUCAUCGACUGUCCCUGCACACUGGCCCAGGCCCGAGCGGACACAGGCAGGUUUCAUACGGACUCAGGCUGUGACAUUGAGACGGGCAGUGUGUGCACUUAUCACCCGGGGAGUGUCCACUGCGUCAGAGCUAUUCAGGCCAGUCCCACUCAUGGAUCAGGGAAGCAGUGCUGCUACGACAGCUCCGGAGCCAUGAUGCUGACGGGAGACUCUUUUGGUGGCAGCAGCCCAGACAGGGCCCACGCCUGGGGCUCGCCUCCUUACAGGGAACCACCACGGGUGCCGGGCUACUCCCACUGGCUCUAUGAUGUCAUGAGUUUCCAAUACUGCUGCCUCUGGUCCGACCACUGCCACAUCUACUUCAACCAUCGACCCUCCUGCGGUUGCCGCAGCUACCAACCCCCGAAAGCUGGCAUCGUCUUCGGGGAUCCACAUUUCAUAACGUUUGACGGCCUCGGCUUCACUUUCAAUGGUGAAGGAGAGUUCGACCUCGUGUCUUCACCAGAGAGAGAACUGAGCAUUCAGGCCAGAACAGAACGAGUGGAACUACAAAACAGCACCUUGGCCAACGCCACGUGGCUGUCAGCGGUGGCCAUGAAGGAGAGGAGCUCAGAUGUGGUCGAGGUUCGUCUGGCAGAGCAACGCCUCCAGGUGCUGAGGAACCAGAUGGUUUUACCUUUCACCGAGCAGCGAUGGAUGGACCUGCACGGAGUUUCCGUGUUCGUCCCCGGUUCUCACACUGUGACCGUGAUGUUCCUCUCCGGGGUCGGCGUGGAGGUUCGUCUGCACGAGGGAAUCAUGGCAGCCACCGUCCUGCUGCCCUCUGAGUUCGCCGACCACACUCGGGGUCUCCUCGGCUUGAUGAACUCUGACCCGUCGGAUGACCUGUUGACCAGACAAGGAGAGGUCAUCCCCUCGCACGGCGCCACGCCAGAGGAAAUCUUCACCUUUGGAACUGGAUGGAAAGUUCCAAAGACGUCGUCCCUUUUCACACACGACUCAAAGCGCCUCUUGGAUUCCCACAGCUUCACACCACCCCCCGACCCUGCGUUAGUUCCAGCCUUCUCUCUCCCCGAGACCCCCGACGACCCCCUGGUGGCAGACAUGUUGACAACGUGCGUCGGAGAAGGGGCUCGGUUCUGUAAAUACGACACGUUGACCACCCGGAGCCUCGCAGUGGGAAACUCCACACUCGGGGCCCAUCGAAACUUUCAGGCCCUAAUGGACGCCCUGCAGCCAGUGGUGUCUUGUGGCCGGCUCCCCCCACCCAGGAAUGGAAAGAAGAACGGGACUCGUUACCUGGAGGGAAACACGCUGAGCUUCUCCUGUAAUGAAGGAUUCAUUCUGUUCAGGUCCACACAACGCACUUGUCUGGAUGAUGGGACCUGGAGCGGAGAGGAGCCCUUCUGUAUUAAAGGUGAUAGCGUGGGGUUCAUACUCGGCGCUGUGGGCUCCAUCUCAGCAUUGGUUGUGAUGGGAGCGAUGAUCCGACUGCACAAAAGGAAGCAAGACAGGGGCAGAGAAGAGAAACCAGAGCAGAUGUCGACCCAGGAGUAGAUUAGCUGAUCCAUCAAAGUUCGUGGGAUCUCACCGCUCCACGCUGAACACCUUCAGCCACGUGGCAGCAAAUAUAAGAUAACGUUAUAAAUCAUAUGAAGUUGCGAUCUUCUCUCGACCUGUUG